GUAUUUUUAGCCAAAGCUGGCACAUGCCGACGCGGCCCAUGGACGUCGCCGCACUCGACUCCACCACCGUCCUUCGACGGUCCAGCGGAUCCGGGAAGCUCCGGCCGGUGCGGACUCCACUGUCUGCGUCGAGGUCGACCCGACCAAACACACCCACAUCAGCCAAGGGCGUGUCGAUGGUGCUGGGGGCUGCCGCCGACGACAGACAGUUAACUGGCUACACGAAGAUCAAAAAGUUGGGCGUUGGGGGUUGUGGAACGGUAUGGCAAGUGGUGAGAGCUGGUCGUGACGGCGGCGAGCGGUGCGACGAGCACUUUGCGCUCAAGCAAAUCUCCAAAGAGGAUGGAGCGGUGGUGUCGGGCGUCGUCGAAGCACGCGUUGGGCUCAAACUCUUUCCAAACGCAACCGUUGUGUGCGGCAAGCUCCUCCAUGGGCUGCGCCAUGCGAUCAACGUGCCCGCCACCAACGCACACUUGAAUUCAAUGGACGCAUGUGGCAGAUCCGGCGGCCCCGUCCCCCCCGACGACCUGUCUCUGCCCCCCACCGCCGGGGGAACCACCCAGGACGACGUCAGCUCUUACAUCGUGCCACUUUUGGCCGUCGUCGAAACAAAGCGCGACUUGUGGCUCGCCUUUGAGCACGGAGGCGAUACCCUCCACAACGCGCUCUUUGACAUUCGUGGCGAGUUUGUUCGUGGAUCGCGAACGUAUCGAAUUCGCCACCGCCCGUUGUACACGGCCAUGCGGGACAACGUCGUCCUCCUCAAGUCUCUUUUGAGGCAGCUCCUCCUGGCCAUUCAAGCACUGGCGAGUCGCCACCUCGUGCACGCCGACAUCAAGCCCGACAACAUCCUAGUCCAGCACGCGUUCUCAACGCCAACGACGCCGUCAGCACAGACGGCCGUCGGGUCGGCGCUCCAUCCUCUCACACUCUCUGCAAAACUCAUCGACUUUGGCUCUGCAUUUACCGCCAUGUCGCCCAAGCUCUCGAGUGCCCACACACCAGAAUACGUCCCCCCCGACAUCCUCGAGCUCGUGCGCACCAAGCACCAAACGAACCACGUGAAAGCUUACUUCGACGCACACUGCCGCCCCCACUCGUUCGACAUGUGGUCCGUCGGCUGCGUCUUUCUCGAGAUUGCAUGUGGGGUCCCGCUAUGGCUGCCAUACAAAGCCCGCGUCGGCGUCGACGGCGAGAAGCUCGUCACGGGGCUGCUUGCAGCCACGGGACGCAACGCCGACAAGAUCGCGGCGCGGCAGCUCCACGUCGUGGCCAACUUGCGCAAAUGCAUCCGCGACUGCGGCGGCAUGAACAUCGACAGUCGGCGGUGGACACACGGGGUCGACCUCAUGCAGCGCAUGCUUGAAGUCGAUCCCGCCCACCGCAUCGCGCCCGUCGACGCUUUGGCCCAUCCGUUUUUGGCCGCAACUAUCGCGCCGUCGUCGCAAUACACGACACCACUCGCUGCAUCGGCACUGCCACAGAACACCCCGAGCAUGGCCAACCCAAGUCGUUCCAGUGUUUUCUGCAACCCAAGUGCCCCAGAAGCACUCGAGGAAACUCGAUGAUGCAUGGCAUGCGACUUGCAAGCAGGGGGGAAUAUGAAUGGAACCCAUCUCACCUCGACGACAUACGUAAGGGCCAUCG